CUCGUACGUCCGUAUUGCCUCGUUCCCUCACUCUUCUCGCCAUGCUCAUCGUCGGUCUCACAGGCGGAAUCGCCUCUGGGAAGAGCACCGUCUCUUCCCUCCUGCAGGAUAAGCACCAUCUUCCUCUAAUCGACCUAGACCUCCUAGCGCGCGAAGUGGUACGUCCGACAGACUCCUCGCGCACCCUCUCCAAGCUCGUAGCCCACUUUGGUUCUGGUAUCCUCCAGGAAGACGGUACGCUAGAUCGGCCUGUACUUGGGAGAUUAGUCUUUGGGAAUGAACAAGAGAGAAAGGUGCUGAAUGCUAUUACGCAUAGGGCGAUUAGGAAAAGGAUGGCAUGGACGCUGCUUUGGAAUUGGGUGAAGGGGGUAAAGGUCACAGUUGUGGAUACACCGCUGUUGAUCGAGGCGGGGUUGUGGAGGUGGUGUGGUGAGCUGGUUGUCGUGUGGUGCUCACCGGAGGACCAGCUGUCUCGGAUGCUGAGUCGCGAUGGACCCAAAGGCCUCACCGAAGACGAAGCCCAGUCUCGACUGUCCUCUCAGUGGCCUCUUCGUUCCAAGCUCCCCUACGCAGAUGUAGUCUUGGACAACUCCUCGGCUCUCACUUCCUCCUCUUCCACCUCCCCAUCGGAAGGCGGCGGAGCAUCGGAGAUCCUCACUGCUCAAGUGGGGGACCUGGUCAGGAGCUGGAGAGGAUACUAUGGAGGGGUCUUCGGCACUUUGUACUGGCUGGCUGAAUGGCUGGUGCCGCCCUUUGGACUGCUCAUGGCUGCUCUGACACUCGUAAGCAGGUGGGGAAAGGUCAAGACGCGAUUGAGAGAGAGCGAGGAGAGCGAUCAGCAGGCAGUGGAGCGGAGGAGCAUCGGUAGUGGAUGAGAUACGGACAGGCAGGCAUCUCUUAUGAAGCAUGGUCAUUGUGGUUGGAUGAUCACCUUGCCCGAAGACCGUCUAGCAUGCGGACGAGCAACGCCCUACAAAUGCGUUCCGCACAAGACGAUCAAGCCGAAGCAGGCUAUGUAGCAGCUGUUCUCCUCUCCUCGAUCUUCCUGCGCUCGCCCUCCAGGACCCUCCGCACACGCUCCCAGCUGCGAGCCUUGCCCUUGGCAGUGGUCACGCUUUCCUUGUCCGGCAGCUCUCCUGGUGUCACCUGACUAGAGGAGUCGAGGAGCUUGUCCAGCAGGGUAGGAGAAUACUUAGGGAUUCGGAGGGCAGACGGAUCGUACGGCUCGGACUGUGCGGGCGCGCAAGAGGAGGCAGGAUCAGCAUCUGAAAGACAAGAGAGUCCACCUGUCAUGUCCGGAUCUCUCGAACUUACCAAUACCACUUCGUCCAUGACGAUGAUAUGCUUG